GUGAUUUGGCGCUAUACAAAUACAAUUGAAUUGAAUUAUACUCUGAGCCAAAAUAUCAUGUAAAACUGGUAGAAUUUCAAGGUGAAACCCAGGCAACUAGAAAGUUAAUAACUGCAAGUUAGUAUUGUGUGUGUGUGUUGAAUUAUUUAUAUAUGAGCAGCUGGAUGCUCUCCCAGCACACAAUGUAAUUUCCUGAAAAGCAUCACGUGGAGGAAUUAUUUAUCAGUGUGCUACACAACACUGAGUCUAUGAGUCCAGCAGAGAGGUAGAAACCGGCAGUCUGCUGUCCAACCCCAAGAAAUCCAAAACCUUUUGUGUUGUUUCAGCCAGGGGCUCUUGCUCCACACUGAAGGCUGGCGGUAUUUACAUGUCUGUGCACAGGGCCCAUUGUCCCAUGAUCCGUCUGUACAGAGGACCCCUCUUCCCUGAUAUUUCGCUUCAUUGAUGCACAUUUCCGACAAAUUUCUGAUUGGUUUAAAUUACGAAAGCAGAAAUGAUAUGGAGUAAACAUGGGGUUCUGGGGCCUUUCUGUGGUGAACCAGCAUAGAAGACAAAAGGUACGUUUUUCCGGACAACGCCUGCUGGGUCCGCUAUUCUCCAGCUGGGCUUGACUCUAAUAGUAGUAGUGGAAGCAGCUGACUGAGGUCGCUGCGUCUCCUUUUUCUCUACUGGGACAUGAAACGUCUCAUAGACAAUCUUUGAUCUCUGGACUCUCUGGGCUUUGCGCUCGCUGUCAAUCCAGCCAAUCAGCACACGGCUCCGGUCUGGAACGCCUACAAUGUUGGCUAACCGUCCAACGAGGGAGCGCCUCAGGACGCACGCCAUUUUGUCAGUUUAUAAUAGUGGUGGCUGGGGUAUAUUGUUAGCCUCUGGCUGGAACUUGUUGCUCUGUAGUUCUCUGUUGUGCAAUGGACGGAGAGGAUCUGACGAGCUUUUCUCCAGCAUCUCCUACGGCCCGUAUAUCAUGAGCACCACAGCCAAUGGCAACGACAGCAAGAAGUUCAAAGGUGACAUAAGAGGUCCCGGGGUGCCGUCCAGGGUCAUCCACAUCCGCAGGCUUCCAAGUGACAUCACAGAGGCAGAGGUGAUCAGCCUGGGUCUGCCCUUUGGAGAUGUCACCAACCUGCUGAUGCUCAAAGCCAAGAACCAGGCCUUUUUAGAGAUGAACUCUGAGGAAGCAGCUCAAAACAUGGUGGGUUAUUACUCCACAGUGACACCCAUCAUCAGACACCAUCCAGUCUAUGUCCAGUUCUCCAACCACAAGGAACUCAAGACAGACAACUCCCCCAACCAGGAGAGGGCCCAGUCAGCUCUUCGGGCCCUCAGUACGUCCCAUGUUGACAUGGCUGUGGCAGUUCCGAGCACCGUGCUGAGGGUAGUGGUGGAGAACCUGGUCUACCCAGUCACCCUGGACGCCCUCUGCCAGAUCUUCUCCAAGUUCGGCACUGUGCUGCGGAUCAUCAUCUUCACCAAAAACAACCAGUUCCAGGUUCUGCUGCAGUACCCAGAUGGCGCAUCGGCCCAAGCUGCUAAAUUGUCUCUGGAUGGACAGAACAUCUAUAAUGGCUGCUGCACUCUGAGGAUCAGCUUCUCCAAACUCACCAGCCUCAAUGUUAAGUAUAACAACGAAAAGAGCCGAGACUUCACCAGACCUGACCUGCCCAGUGGAGACAGCCAGCCCACUAUGGAGCACCCGGCCUUGGCCACAGCCUUUGCUCCAGGUAUCAUCUCAGCUGCACCGUAUGCAGGAGCAACUCACGCCUUCCCCCCAGCCUUCACCAUCCAGCCUGCAGUGUCCUUCCCAUGUCCAGGCCUGACGGUCCCUGCUCUGCCCGGAGCCCUGGCCUCCCUGACCCUCCCUGGGGCCACCAGGCUGGGAUUCCCCCCGAUCCCUGCUGGGCACUGUGUCCUGCUGAUCAGCAACCUGAACCCUGAGAGAGUUACGCCACACUGCCUCUUUAUUCUCUUCGGUGUUUAUGGCGAUGUGAUGAGAGUGAAGAUUCUGUUCAUCAAGAAGGAAAACGCUCUGGUUCAGAUGUCUGAUGGCACACAGGCUCAGCUAGCCAUGAGCCAUCUGAACGGCCAGCGGCUGCACGGGAAGCCUCUGCGCAUCACACUGUCCAAGCACACCAGCGUACAGCUUCCCCGUGAAGGCCAUGAGGACCAGGGCCUGACCAAAGACUACAGCAACUCACCCCUGCACCGCUUCAAGAAGCCUGGCUCCAAAAACUACUCCAACAUCUUCCCACCUUCUGCCACUUUACACCUCUCCAACAUCCCCCCCUCUGUGGUUGAAGAUGACCUCAAGAUGCUGUUUUCCAGCUCAGGGGCCAUGGUCAAGGCUUUCAAGUUCUUCCAGAAGGACCAUAAGAUGGCUCUGAUCCAGAUGGGCUCAGUGGAGGAGGCCAUCGAGUCCCUGAUAGAAUUCCACAACCACGACCUGGGAGAAAACCACCACCUUCGGGUCUCUUUCUCCAAGUCCUCCAUCUAAGCCUUGGACUCCACCACCUGAAUUCCCAGCACUCCUCUGAAAGUGGACCUGAAUGUGUCCACUACACUCUGAUCAUUCCAGCGCAUGUCUGCAGAAACCAGUGUGAAGUCUGGUGUGCUGCUCAAUUAUUCCUUUGAAUUCAUUUUUAGGUUCUUAACUCUUCUAUUAGGAUCUCUGGAGAAAAUGAUGGAGUUGUGAGAUUAGUCUGGAGGAUGUCAGAGUUCUGGAUUUAAUCUCAGACUUCAGUAUAAUGAGUAUAAUGUCAGGACCCUGGAUGAAGACCUUCUCGACUCCAGUCGGGAUUCACACGGCGCCCUUCUUGUCAGGUUGUUGCCUUUUAGCCACUCUUGCCUUUUGACUUUAAUCUCCGAUUCCAGAAAUUAAAGUCAGCAUAUUCAUUUAUUUCCCCAGAAUUUGACUUAAGCUCUUUAAAUUCUGACUUUAUUCAUUUUGAAUUCUUUCAUCUCAGACUCACAGGUCUCAGUCCUUUCUGUGGCCCUAAUCUGCAUCUGUAGUUUUCCCUUUUUGAAGCAACUUUUCUGUCUUUAAAAUUCCUGCUCUGACAGCAUUUGGGUGGAUUCACCCUCUGGCUGUCGAACCUUAGACCAGGUCUCGCUUAAAAGGGCCUAAUUCAAGCUUCACCUGAUCCCUGUGCCUUAAUCCUGGACUCAGAAUGGCCUUGAUUUUGACUUGUAAAAACAAAAAAUCUCCCAUCAUGCAUCUGUAAACUAGCAAAGAGCCAGUUUACAGCUGAUAAACGUUUACUGUUGCUACGAUGUUUGACAUGUAUAUCUAUAUUUUAUUGCUAUGUACUGCUGGUUACUGUAGCGUCGAACAUGUGAACUGUUGGGUUGGCUGGAUCUUAAUCUAGAUGAUUCCUUUUGAUUUCUUUAUUUACAUGUAUGCAAUCAUUUUUUUAAUCAUGUUUUAGUCAAAUCAGAUAUUGUAGCAAUAUUUUAAUCAUUCCCAAACCUUGAUUUGUUGGCUUUCUUUCUGCUGUUCUUCUCGCCGCUCUGCUGACAAAUGUUUUGUUUGCUGAUUUCUCUUGUGAGUCAUGAUGUGGACCUGUCUGUCACGUUGCCUCUGAACGGUUUUAUUUAUGUUUGUGAUCCACUACAGCUGAAACCAAAAUCGCCUUCUAGAUGCAAAGAAAACAGGCCGCCUCAGGUUUCUGGUUUUAAAGACUAAAAUCAAAACGGUGGCGACCUGGUUUAGGCUAUCUCUGUGUGUUGCUGUGGGAAUGUUCUAUCAGUGACUGCUUCACUUGAUUCAGCCCACUGGUGCCACUGCAGUUGCAAACCAGAUGUCACACCUUCACAGAGUCGGGCAGUAAUUCUUCUUUCUUCUAAUAUGAAAUUGUGGCUGAGAAGAAGCCCUGGAGCCUCAGAAAUGUGCUGAAACGGAAGAUGCUGUUCUGUCUUAAUGUUAUGUCGACAUUCUAGCCACUCAGAUGUCCACCUGACCUCCAGCAGGACAAAGCUCCUCCACGGUUUCCUCCAGGCUGCUAGGGUUUUACAGCUGUGCUGCAUUCAAGACACCUGGGAAUUUGGAACAAAAAAAGAGAGACCUGUUGUACUCAGUUUGUGCGGUGUUCUUUGUCCCAGUUCACUCUGUUCCGCCUCCACUUCCAGACCAGGUCCCAUCUCAUUCCUGAACCUCUGAUGUUCAGCCUCCCCUUUUUCUGAAUUUGGACACAGCUAAUGUCCUCAGCACCUCCCAGCACAUUUCCAAUGGAGCUCUCCGUUCAGUGCCUCCGGCCUUUACCCAAUCACUGGCCCAAGAUCUCACUGAGAUGUGGCCUCAUAGUUUUGGAGACCAAAGAAUAUAGCAGGAAGUGAUGCAGAAAAAGCGUGUCAGUAGAGCUACACAUAGUUUGUGUUCAGACCUAACCCUCACACAGGUGUUGAUUGAACUGUGUGCUCAUUUUUGAAGACAGGAGUUAUCUGAUCUUGUGGGAUUGCAUUGGGUUGUACUCGGAGGUCUACAGUUGUUUAGCGUACUGUACUUGUAUCACUGAGGCUAAACAACAGAAACCACUCGGUGUAACCCAGUCCACAUGAACAGCAGCCUCCACAGUGACCACACAGGUGAACCAGCACCUCUGUGAAACAGUCUGAACACAAACUGGACAUUAUCACCUACAUGCAGGAGGAUUUACUGCAGGACUGCUGGGUUAAACUGACCACUACACAUUGGUGUGUGUGUGUGUGUCUAUAUCUACACCAAGAAUAGUUUCUGAAUACCAUAAAAACAAAAAAAAAAAAGAAGUGAUCUAGUGCAGAUGGACGAUGUGAGCUGAUGAUUCUCUGCUGCCAGAUGUCUGCAUGUCUGCAUGUGGCAUCAACAGUGUCAGUGCUUAUGGUUAGGAAAAGAUCACUUUGGUGUUUACAAACGCCUGUGACAAAGGACACUUACCUGGUCUGCUGUAUGCUGCUGGGUCCUGGGUAGGGCUGGGCCCGAAACAUACUUCACCUGGGUACGUAAAUGCCUCAAGCUCCUUAAGUUCAGUGUCACCACUGUGGCUUUCUUGAAUGUGUUGCUUGAAAAUUUGCACUGCCAGGGUAAGUUACAGUCCAAGCGCUGUAGCAUAAAACAAAGAGAAAGCCGAUCCCUUGUGUUUCGGUUAGCUUCCACUCAGAACAACUGUGGCUGG